AUGAAAAUGGAAUACAGUAAAUAUUAUGAAAAUAAAAAAAAUGAAAAAUGCAUUCAUUUUCGGAAUAUGCAUUCAUAUUGCUAUAAUAAUAAGAGUUGUGAUGGACAAUUUAUAAAUAGCAUAUUUGGCAAUGAUGAAUAUACAAGAUUAAAUAUUUUCACAAUAAUAAAAAAUGAAAUAAUAAAUGUUUUAUCCGUUAUUAAGAAAUAUGAAUAUAAUAAAAAUCUUGAUUCAAGUAUUAUCGAUUCAUUGUUUAUUCUAUACAACAGUAUAAACAAUUUAAAUACCAAUUUAAAGGAAGAUAUCGAUACACACCACUUUAAUAAUAAAUUAGAUAUAUACCAUAUAGCACCAUUUUUAAAUAUUAUAAGAAAUAAUAGCAUUUUUUAUAAAAUUAAAUUAACUUCCUUGCAUUCAUUAGACCACAUAUUAAAAUACAGUAGCAGCUAUUUUAAUGAAAAAUGCUAUGAUGAGGGUUCAUCGAGUAAACAUAAUUUUUAUAUACCAAUAGACAAUAAGAAAGAAGCUAAGGUUAAUAGUAAUAAUGACAAUACUAAAAAAGACCCAAACGAAUUAAGUGAAAAUAAUUCUGCAAAACCAAAUGAUAAAAAAGACGAAACAACUAAUACAAACCAAUUAGACAAAAUAAAUGAAAAAAAUCACAAAAAAAAAAAGUACAUUUUUUUUUCUAAGAAUUAUAAGUUAUACAAAAAAUUUAAUUUUAAAAAGGAAGAAAAUUCGGAAAUUUUAAUAAAUAAAGGAAAUAAUAUAAUUAAUAUUAGUAUAGAAACGUUAUUAAAUGCCCCUAUAAAUUAUAAUAAUAUUAGUCACGAAGAAAUUAUAUUAUAUGACACAGUUGUUUUGUUUAAUAACAUAUUAAAUAAUGCAAUUAAGAUUGUUGAUAGAAAAAAUAUUAUAAAAAUUAUUUGUUAUCUUUUUAAAAUAUAUAAAAAUAAUAAAUAUUCUUUACUUUUUAAAACAAAUUGUGAGGCUUUAUUAAAAAAUAUAUUGUACAUAGUUAUAAAUAGUGUUAUCAUCACAAAUACUAUCGACACUCAUCUUAUGAAUAAUCAUUCACAAGAAAAUCUUAUUUUAGAUACUCAUACUUUAGAUAAUCACACAGGGGAUAACAAUAUUGUGUGUUAUUCCAUAAAUAGCACUGAUGAUAAUUUCAUACACGAUAUACUAACUAUAAUUCUAAUACUAAUAAAUAAUAAUAAAAAUAAAUUUGUUGCAGAUUUAAUAAAAACGAAUGAAUGCAUAAAUUUGUACAAUGAUAUUUAUGAAAAUGAAAAUUCACAGGAAAAUUUAGAAUCUAUUAAUAUAUUAUCAUUUAGACUGUUAAAUAUAGUAUUAGAGACAUGUGGAUAUUUAUUAAUAAGCAAAAAUUUCGACGCUUUAUCUAAUAUAAUAAGAUGUCUAUUUUUUCACAUAACUUCCUCUUCCUUUAUUCUUAUGUGUAAAUCAAUGAGAACAUAUAUAAAUAUUUUUAUAUUAUAUAAAAAGCAUUUUUGUAUUUAUAACGAGAUAUUUAUUAAUAUUUUAUUAAAUUUACUUAAGAGCAACGCACUAAAAAAUGUAUCUGAAACAACUUUGUUGACAUUAUCAAAUUUCUUCGUCGAAAAUAUCAUAUUUGAAAUCUAUUGUAAUCAUGAUGUUAAUUUAUAUGCAUCCAAUUUGUUAGAAAAUCUCAUACAGGCUAUAUUAGAUUUAUCUACAAAUUUUACUCAAAAUACUACUAUUAUGAAUGAAGUGAUUUUUAAAAUUAUCAAAAACGUUAUACAAAUACUAAAGCCAUAUAGUGACAUCGAUAAUAAUAAUACUGAUUGCAAUUAUUUGGUUGAAAAUGCCAAUAAAAACAGUACUAAAUUAUUAAACAGCUCAAACAAUAGACUAAAUGAAUUAGAUUAUACUAAUCAGUUAAUUACUCAAUUCCGAAAUGAUAUAUACUCAAAUGCUUUUGAUUAUGUAAUAAUAAAUUCUCAAAAAAAAAGAAAAAAAAAAAAAGAAAAAGAGAGAAAUCCAAAAAGCAAUACAGAAUGCAAAAAAGACGCUGAAAAGGAAGUCAUAGAGAAUAGUAAAAAAACUGAUAAAUAUACCCGUGUUAAUAAUGACAAUUGUGAACAAAAAAAAAAGGAACAUACAAAUAAUGUCGAAAACACAUUAGAGAAUAGUGAAAAAAAUGUCAAUGAAAAUAAGAACUUGAAUACAAAUGAUGGUGCAACUAAUGAUAGUAAAAAAAAUAGUUUUAGAGAAGAGGAAGGAUAUAAAAAAUAUUCUUCUGAAAAAAAGGAAUUAAAAAAAAGUAAUAUGAAUGAAUUAUAUUUCUUAAAUUUUUUAACAUCAAGUAAAGAUAAAAGUUAUAUUCAUUUUUGUUCCGUUUUAUUAUUUGAAUAUUUAAAAGAAUGCAUAAAAAUAAACUAUAUUAAGGAUAAAGAUAAUUUUCUCAGAAAAAAAAAAAAGAGAAAAGAAAUAUUACAAAAGUCAGCAACGAUAUUUAAUACAUUAAAAAAUAAGUCAAUUGACGAAUUGAUAAAAAUGGGGAUUAUUCAAACACAUGAUACUAUCAAUGAAAUUAAUCAAAAUAAUUCCAAAAUUCUUAAUUAUGUUAUUAUAGAUAAAAAUGGAAAUCUAAUUGGUUAUUCUACUAAAUCUGAUAAAAAUCCUCAAAACAUCGCCAAUCAAGCUUCAUCAGAAAAAGAACACACUGAAACUGCAGAAGCUCCUUCUCACGUAAACUCCAGAGGAAAUGAAAAUUCCGGAAGUAUAGAAACAAAUAAUGAUGUGUGUAACAAUAACAAUGUGGUUACCCAUAUGGAUUGUGCAUCUAAAGAUACAGAAGAAAAUGAAGCAGACGAAAGACAAAUAGAUAGUAAACAAAUAAAUAAAGAAAAUGAAAACAAUAAUAUAAGCAAUGCUAAAAAAGAAGUUAUUGCAAAUAAGGAAUCGUCUGAACAUACUAAUAAGAAUAUAGAAGAAGGAAAAACAUCAGAAGAAAAAAAGGGAGAUGAUACAAAUAAUGAAUUGCUCAACGAGGAAAAAAAUAGUUUUAAUAAUAGUAACAGUAAUAACGAUGCGAGCAAAUUGCAUCCAAAUUGCGAAGAAACUCAAAGUUUCAAAAAGAUUGACACACAGAAUACAAAUAGUCAUUCCCAACCAAAUUUAAUGGAAGAUAAAUAUUUUUUAAAAUCAUUGGCUAUGUUUUUGAGAUAUAACCCCUUUUUGGAUAAAGAGUUUGUAGGAGAAUAUAUUUCGCAUAGAAAAUGCAUAAACGUAUUAAAAAAUUAUGUAAGAUUGUUUGACUUUUGUAAUUUAUCAUUAUUAUCAUCGUUGAGGUUAUUUUUGCACUGUUUUAAACUACCGGGAGAAGCACAAUUAAUUGAACGAAUAUUAGAGCAUUUCAGUUUAUGUCUAUUUUAUUCUAAUCCAAUUUGUGGUGACCUAGAUAAAGUAUAUAAAUUAUCCAACGGAAAAGUUAUUUGUCUUUUAAAAGAAGAAGAGCUAGCCAAUAUAAAAAGGUAUAUUUUGAUCGACUAUUUAAGCGAAAGUGGGCAUGCAAAUAAUACUGUUAAUGAAACCGACCGAUGCAAUGACAACCAAAAUACGAACAAAAAUAACAGUGAAUACAUUAGUAAUGAAAAUACAGAGCAAUCACAUAAUGUUGGCUCUUUUAAAACAUUCACCUCGGAAUUUACCGAAUUUGAGGAAAAAAUAAAUUUCAAAAAAAAUGAAGACCGAGAUGAUAAUGUGCAUAGACAUGUAUAUUACAUUUCUAAAAAGAUCCAAUCAAUGAGUGAAGAAGAAAUUAAGAAAAAGUAUGUUGUUGUUGAAAAUAGUGAUGUCAUAUUUAUUUUAACAUAUUCAAUUAUUAUGCUAAAUACAGAUUUACAUAACAACCAGGUAAAAAAUAAAAUGAAAUUGGAAGAAUUUAUUAAAAAUAAUAGAGGAAUAAACAAUGGAAAAAAUAUAGAUAGAAUAUAUUUAGAAAAUUUGUACAACUGUAUAUUACAUGAAGAAAUAAAAUUAUUUUCAAAUGCACAAAAUAUAUAUACCAAUGAUAAUCAGUAUUGGAAAUUAUUAGAGCAAAGAAAAGAAUAUUAUAAAAACUAUUAUCCAUUUAAAGAAAAAGAAAUUCAUAUUUAUAAAUAUGAUAUAAAUAAAUUAUUAAUCAAAAAUAACUUUAUUCCAAUAUUUUUCGAAAUUUUUAAACGUACAAGUAAUAUUAAUUUAAUAGAAAAUUGUUUGGGAAUAUUUAAGAUGCUUAUAAAUAAUUUAUCAUAUUAUCAUGAUGUGGAAAAUGUUAAUAAAUUAUGUUAUAUAUUUAAAUAUCUAAAUUUUUAUUUAACCCAAAAAACUCAAUCUUUAAUAUAUCUUUUGUUUCACUUUAUCAAAAAAUCUCACAAUCUAUUACGUGAUGGAUGGAUUAUUUAUAUAAAUUCUAUACUGAAGUUGAUUACCAUUGACUUAGUUCCAACAUUUUUUUACCCUCAUUUAUAUAUUAAUAAUACCCAAUUUAACAAUGAUAAAGAAGAGCUAAAUAUAAAAUAUAAAAGAGGAAAUUCCAUAGAAACAUUUAAUGUAAAUAAAACAAUAACAGACAUAUAUCACCACCCAUUUUUAGUGUUUAAAAAAAACAUUAAGAAAUUAAACAAACCAAAAUGGAUAGAUGAAUUUAGUAGCAUUUUCUUUUCACGACAUAACAAUAAUGAAAAUAAUAAAUUGUUAGUUAUGUUCAAAGAAAAUAAUGCAGAAAAAACGGAGGAUGAUAAGAAAAAAAAGAAAAAAAAUGAAAAAAAAAAUCAAGAAAAUAUAAACAAUGGAAAAAAUACAUCAUACAAUGAUCAGAAUUUAAAAAAAAUGGAAGAAGAAAAUGAAGGGCAUGAUGAAAAUAAUGACGAUGACGACCACGAUAACAUGGAUUAUAUAUAUGUGCACGUCAAACCAGAUCCAAAAAGUGGUGAUAACAACACACACAAUAAUAACAACAAUAAUAAAAAUAAUAACAAUAAUAAUGCCAUUAUAGACAACAUCAAUAUAUAUAAAAGACUCAAAUUAGAUAUAUAUAAUUUUUUUACAAUUAAUGAUUUUUAUAAUAACAUGGUCACAAAUUUAAAUAUUAAUAGCUUUGUUUAUUUAUUAAAAAUAUUAAUAAUUAAAAGUUCAAUUGAUACGGAUAAUGAACAUAAUAAUAAUUUAAAUACAAUGAAUAGCAAAACAGAAUUACAUAAUUCAAGUAUUAAAUCACAAGUACAAAAUCAAAUAUAUUUAACAAAUGAAAAUAACAAAGGGAAUGGCGCAAAUAAUCCUUGUGAUAAUUUAAAUGACUCAAAUGCUAUUUUAGUGAACUCAGAUAAUUCAUUCAACUUAUUUUAUUAUAAUAAAAAAAAAAUGCUUACUUCACAAAUGUUUUUUCAUAUUAUGUACUUUAAAAUUAAUUAUACAUAUAUUUUAUAUGAUAUGAUAGUUAAAGAGCAUUUUAACUAUUUAAAAUAUAGAAAUGAUUUUUUCAAAGAAACGCCGAAUGAAAAAUUAGAACAAACAAACGCUUCCUCAUAUUAUUAUUCUUCGAAAUAUGAUUAUAAAGAAAAUAAUAAUACAAACCAUCAAAAUGUCCAUAUAGAAGACCAGGAAACACAACAAAACAAAUAUGAUAUAACUUUAGACAAUAUUUACGAUACCGAUAAUUGCACAGAUGCUUCAAGUAGUCUUUCAUAUAUUAGUGACAUAUCUAGUGACUCGAUUUUUACAAAAAAACAAAUGAAAGUGAUUGAUAUACAAUCUAUCAAUAGUAAUAAUGUGAAAGGUAGUUUAAAUCUUCUAAAUAAAACUGAAAAAGGUAAUCUAAAGGGUCACUUAGGAUUUGAAGAAAUAUUUGCAUGUGCAUAUGAUGAGGAAGAAGAGGAAGAAAAAGAAGAAGGAUAUGAAGAAUCAGGUGGGGAAAGUGAUCAAUAUAGCGAAAGUGAUGACAACAGUAAUAAUGAAGAUUGUAAUGAAAAGGAUAGCAAAACUGGUAGUGAUUAUGAGCAAACAAAUAAAAAUAAAUAUGCAUCUAUUAAUAAAAUGGAUGAAUCAAUAAAUAAGAAUUCACGUUCAAAGAAUAAAAAGGUAAACAAAAGGAAUAAUAUUGCAAAUUAUAACAAUAUAAACGAUACCAAUAAUAUGAAUGAAGAAAGAGAGAAAGAACUUCUAAUCGAAAAUAUCAAAAGAAAUAUAUUUAUGAAAAUAUAUAUUAUGCACUUAAAAGCUAUAGUAUUUUCAUUUGAACAAUUUUUUAAUUUAUUAAAUAAAUUUUUAUCAAUAAAUUAUAAUAAUACAGUUUUUGUUAACAUCUAUAAUAACAUAUUUAAUGAUUUCCCAAUAGAAAAUAUAAAGGUUUUAUCCGAAGAAGAAGUUUUAAAAGAUAAUUGGUAUAAUAUAUAUGAUGAUGAUUUUGAAAAUAUUAGUAAAAAAUGCAGCUACAAUGAACAAAAUCCCAAUAUAAAUGAUAUCGAAGCUAGUUUAUUUAUUGUAAAAAUUGCAAAUACAGAUGAUAGUAGUAAUGAAAAAGAAGAAGAUUGGCUAUAUAUCGAGCAAUUAAUUAUGAGCAUUAUGAAUUUCUCGUAUAUUUGUUUAUAUGUAUACCAACAUAAUAAAACUAAAAAGAACAAAAUGCUUAAAAAAUUAAAAAUGUGUAGUAAUCAUAAUAGCAAUAUCAAUGAUCCUUUUUUUAGUAGAUAUGCAGAAAUGAAAAAAAAAAAUAAUAAAUUCUUUUUUCUAUGUGGAAUAUAUUUAAUAUAUAUUUUACAAUUUUUGAAAAAAAAUAUUUUAUAUCGCUUUAUAGAUAAAAUCAUAUAUAUUCUCGAAAAAAUCUCAAAAAAUGUAUAUGUAAAUAGUUGUAUAAUCAAUAUAUACUUACACAUGCUACAAUUAAUAACACCAAAUAACAUAUUAUACAAAAAUACAAACAAUACAAAUAUUUCUUUAACCGAUAAAGAUAUAUAUAUAUACAUAGAGAAAGCAACAGUGUAUACAGAAAGUAUUAAUAACAUUAUAAAUAACAACGCUGUUUUAUUAAAACUAAACAAUUUUAACAUAGAAAAUAUUGUCUUGUCAUUAUUACCAUAUCUUCUAUAUUUUAAUAAUAAAAAGGAGGAAAUAAAUGCCCACAUUUCGUCUAUUAAUUCAGAAUGUUUACACAUUAUAUCAAACAUAUAUUAUAAAAGUAUUUAUAUGUAUAUGAAUAGUUCUAAAAAAAACCUCAAAAUAAACCAGGCAAUUCUUGACUCUGGUAGUGCAAAAAGUGACAGUGGUAAUAGAAGCAAAAAUAGUGACAAUAUAACAUUUGAACAAAUUAUUGAAUUAAAGAAACUAUACAUAUUCUUAUUAACGUGCUUUGUCUUGUCACUAGCAUGCUCCUUUAGCUCUAAAAGAACGAGAAACGAAUCAUACAUAAAAUUACAGCAAUUUUUAUUUAAUGAAAAUUAUAUAUUUAAAAAAGUGAACAAAAAUGAACAGAGUAAAACAGGCAAAAAUGAUAAAAAUCAAAAACAUGAUAAAUACUUUUACAGAGACGAAAAGCUAAUAGAUUUGAUAAACAAUUUUAUUAUUUUACCCCUAAUAACAUACAACUAUUAUUUUCCAUUUAUAUGUAAAAACUUGUAUGAUGAUAAAACAAAAGAUAAAAAUGCACUGAAUGAUAAUAAAAAUGAUCAAUGCAAUAAGAAGGAUGAUAACUCAGCUUCUGAACAAAUAAACAAUUAUUGCAAAAAAGCCUUGCUUAAUUUUAAUUUGCAUCAUAAAACAAGUAUUGAUAUACAUGAUAAAGCAUAUAAAGAGAAUGGAUAUGAAAAAUGUGGGUGCAUUAUUAAUUAUAAAAAUAUCGAGAAUAUAGAUAAUAACUUAAAUGAAUUUAACAAUAUAUAUAACUAUGCGAAUGAUUAUUAUAUACAUACUAUGCUACAUAAGCAAUACAACUAUUAUUUCAGUUAUUUAUAUGCAAAGAAAAUGCUAACAUAUGAUAAUGUUUGUUAUCGAAAAAGUAUGAGCAUAAGUUUUGUUAGCCAUAUAAUUUUAUCGUUUUUAUAUUCUUUACUUAAUAGUUCUGAAGAAGGGGAUUCUGAUUAUAGUAUCAUUAACAAUAAGGAGGAGGACCUAAAAAAUGAUAAUAACCAAAUAAAAGAUGAAAAAAAUAUGGAGGAUAAAACUAGUAAAAAUUAUUAUUCUACUUUAAGUAAUGAGGGAAAAAUAUUUAAUAAAGAAGAUAAUAGCAUUAAGUUGUAUGAAUUAUUAUGUGUAAAUAAUGAAAGUCCUUGUAAUAAAAUCGUAACUCAAACAAAAUGUAGCAGCAAAUGUAUCUAUUAUUUUUUGAAACAUUUUUAUCAUACUUUAUUAACAAUUAAGGAGGAAACUCAAAAAAUAUUAAAUAUUUAUAAAGAAACAUUUAUUGAAAAUAUUAAAAACAUUAUCUAUGUUUCAUCAUCUUAUGUAUACAAUUUAAAAGACGAACGUAUCAACUGCUUUUCACACAUAAAAAAUGGUUUACACUUUUUGAGUGAAGAAGAAAAAAAUCUUUUAAAUCCGUGCAAUAUGCCCACAACUGAUAUUAACGAUUCGAAUAAUAACAAUACCAAUGGAAAUAAAAUACCUGAAUUAGAUAAUGAUAUUGUUACAAAUAUAUCAAAAUUACAAAUUAACGUAAGAAUUAGCAUGAUUAUUGUAUAUCAUAUUUUAUAUGAUGAUAAUAAUCAAAAUGAUAUAUUUAAAGGUAUAUUUGAAGAAUUACUAAAUGUUUUAAUAACCAAAUAUUCCAUUAUUUCAAACCCCAUAGAUGAAAACUUGGCAGACAAUUCCGAGAAAGAAGGUAUCGAUAACGCACAAGAAGAUAAAAACGAACAAAACAAUUUAUUAAAUCCUAUGAAAAAGGACCAAUUGGAAACAAAAAUCGGCGACGAAUCAAAAUCAAAUGAAGAGGAAAAACCCCGCGACGAACCGAAACUCGUUGAAAACAGCUAA